ACAAUUACACACACACAAUAAACACACACAUUCCAAAAUUUCCGUUGCUUUUAAUACGCAGGUUAUAAUAAUUCUAUUGCGUGGUAAAAAAAAUAUAAAUAAUUACUCGGAUAAAUUAUUAAUAUUUACUCAGACUAUAUUGUCUGAGUAAAAUUACCUGUGUUAUCAUAACAAUAGUGAUUGUGCAACAAUAUUUUUUUGGCUAUUUUUAAUAACACAUAUUGACUUGUCAAUUUUGGAGAUAAAAAAAAAAGUUAAAUCAAGCCAACAAGGUGUCAACAGCAACCAUGUUUACAAAUCCUGCAAAUACUUCUUUUGGUGGAUUUUCUAAUCCAGCCCAAAGUAGUCCAUUUGGUCAAUCAACAGCAACAGCAUUUGGUAAACCAAUUGGAUCAACAAGUUUUGGCACAACACCAGCUCCAAAUGUAUUUGGUACAAAUAAUCAAACAUCAUUAUUUAAUCCAAAACCAGCAACAGCAACAACUGGUGGUUUAUUUGGUUCAACAGCAGCACCAGCAUUUGGUCAACCUGCAACAACACAAUCAACAUUUGGUAAUUUUAAUGCACAACCAGCAAAUACAAGUUUAUUUGGUACUCAACAAAACGCAAAUACAAGUUUAUUUGGUACAAAUAGUACAACACCAGCAUUUGGACAAGCAUCAAAAUCAACUGGUUUUGGUUUUGGUACGUCAACAAGUACUGGUUUAAAUUGGGGUGCACCAGCACAACAAUCAGUACAACAAUCAACACCAUUUGGACAAACAAAUACAGCAACAACAUCAAAUGUAUUUGGUACAGCAGGUAAUACAAGUUUUUUGGGUAAUAAACCAACAACUGGUACAGCUAUUGUUAAAUUUUCACCAUUAUUAUCAACUGAUACAAUGAUGAAAAAUAAUCAAACAACAAAUAUACAAACACGUCAUCAAUGUAUAAUGUGUAUGAAAGAAUAUGAGGGUAAAUCAUUUGAAGAACUACGUCUUGAAGAUUAUCAAGCUGGUUUAAAAGGACCAGCACAACAAACACAACAACAACAACAACCACAACAACAAACAACUGGUUUAUUUGGUGCACCAACAGCAUCUCUUGGUUUUGGUAAUACAAAUACAACAACAAAUCCAACAACAACUGGUUUUGGACAAAUGUCAAGUGGUUUUGGUAAUACAAAUCAACCAACAACAACAAGUACAUUAUUUGGUAAAUCACAAUUUGGUGCACCAACAGCAACAACAACAAGUGGCUUUACAUUUAAUCCAACAACAUCAACAACAAAUUUAUUUGCAAAUACACAAGCAAAUAAAGGUUUUGGUACAACACCUGGUACUAGUUUAUUUGGUAAUACAAAUACAGCACAACAACCACAAUCAACAUUUGGUAAUGUUAAUAAUAAUCAACCAUCAACAUUAUUUGGUACACAACCACAAAAUCAAUCAAUUGGUUUAUUUGGACAACAACCUAAAACUGGUUUUAAUCCAACACCAAAUACUGGUUUUUCAUUUAAUCAAACAGCAACACCAAAUACAAAUACUGGUUUAUUUGGUGCUAAACCAACAACAACACCUGGUUUUGGUGCAUCAUUUGGACAACAACAAGCACCAUCAUUUGGUACAACAACAUCAUUUGGUACACAACAAAAUACAACACAAUCACUAUUUAAUACAUCAUCAACAUUUUCAAAACCAGCACAAACUGGUUUUUCAUUUAAUUCAACACCAGCAAGUGGUACAACAGCACUUGGUACAAAUACUGGUUUAACUGGUGGUUUAUUUGGACAAAAUAAACCAUUAUUUUCUGGUACAACAACACAAUUUGGUAAUACAACAAAUACAUUUAAUAAUAAUAAUAAUAAUAAUAGUGGUUUUGGUAAUACAACAAAUAAUACAAGUACACUUGGUAUGAGUGGUUUAAUGAAUAAUGGAAAUUAUACUAAUAAUCAAUUAUCACAAAAUUCAUCAUCAGCAGCUGUACAUCAACAAAUAUUAGCACUUGUAUCAGCACCAUUUGGUGAUUCACCAUUAUUAAAAAAUUUAUUACCAGCAUCUGGUAAAGCUGAACAAAUUCUUAAACCAGCAAAUCCAACAAAAUCAAUGAGUAAUACACAUUUUAAAAUAUCAACAUCAAAUAAUAAUUCACCAAGAGUUAAAGCAAGAGUUGUAACACCAUCACAAUUAUCAAAAAAAUCAUUAUUUGAUGGUCUUGAAGAGGGUGAUCCAUCUUUACUUGAAGCAUUUCAACCAAAAUCAAAUGCAAAACGUCUUGUUUUACGUCCAAAAUCAGUAUCAUCAAGUCCAGCAAUAAUAAGUAGUAGUACUAGUGGUACAAAUAAUGAUGAAACAUUUAAUAUUAAUAAUACAAUUGAUGCAAAUAAUAGUAUACAAUUAAGUCCAAAUAAUAAUAAUAAUAAUAAUAAUGAUAAUAAUGAAAUAACAGUUAAUAAAGAAAAUUUACAACAAGGUAAUAGACAACCAGGUGGUGAUCGUAGAUCAUCAACAUCAUGGCUUAAAUCACAACUUCCACGUAUUGCUAGAUUAAAUGAUGAAGAUUUUGAUGGACAAAAAUCACCAUUUAAUACAUCAGAUAUACCAGAAGAUGCACUUGAAAAUACAGUAACUGAAAUACGUCAACAUGCUAUUAAUAAUCAAGCAACAAAAGAUAAUCAAUUACAAUCAUCAUCAACAUCAUCUUCAUCACCAAAUAUUAAUAUUAAUAAUAAUACAUCAACAAGUGGUAAUAAAAGUGCUGAAGUAUCAGCAUUAUUUAAUGAUUCAAGUCGUGAUCUUGAUGAAAGUUUAUUACCACAAUUACAAAAUGAUUAUGAAUUAAAUUCAGCAAAUGUUAUAUUACGUCGUGCUGGUUAUUAUAUUAAUCCACCAAUUGAUAAACUUGAUGAUUAUGUACAUGGUGAAACUUGUAUUGUACCAAAUUUUACAAUUGGUCGUCAGGGUUAUGGAAAUGUAUAUUUUCCUGAAUCAAUUGAUAUAUAUGGUUUAAAUUUAGAUGAAAUUGUACAUUUUCGUAAUAAAGAAGUUACAAUAUAUCCAGAUGAUGAUAAAAAACCACCAAUUGGACAAGGUUUAAAUAGACGUGCACAAGUAACACUUGAUUGUGUAUGGCCACAUGAUAAAAAUACACAUGAACCAAUAAGAGAUACUCAACGUUUAAUUGCAAUGAAUUUUGAGGGUAAAUUACGUCGUGUAUCAGCAAAAUAUGAUACAAGAUUUGUUGAUUAUCGUCCAGAGACUGGUUCAUGGGUAUUUAAAGUUGAUCAUUUUUCAAAAUAUGGUCUUGGUGAUUCAGAUGAUGAAGAUGAUGAUGAUUUAUCACAAAAUUUAGCAGCUAAAAAAUUAAAACUAACCAAUAAACCUGUAUCGUCAUUAUUAAAAAAAGCUACAACAAAUGAUAAAAUUAAUACAAAAAAAGAUGUUAAACAACAACAAAAACAUGGUUUAAAUACUAAUGAAAAAAUGGAAAUGGAUGCUGAUGCUGAUAAAAUGUGGUAUGACAAUAAUAAUGAUGAAGAUAAUGAGGAAGAAGAAGAUGAUGAUGAUGACAGUAUUAAUAAUAAAAAUAAUAAUAAACAAACACCACUAAGUCCAACAUCAAUAUAUGCACGUUUAACUGGUACAGACAGUCAUAAAUUACAAUUAAUGAAAGCAAGUUUUUUCGAUACAAAUGAUUUUAAUGAUGAACAAAAUGACAAGUUAAUAAAUAACAGCAAUAAUGAUAUUAUAAAAUUAAAAAAAAAAUUUAAUUAUCAUGAUGAUAAUAUUGAUAAUAAUCCAUUAUCAUUAUUACGUAAAAAUUUAACUCAAAUUGAUACAUCAUUAAAAAAUGAAUUAAAUACAUCAUAUGAUAAAAUAAAUGAAAUGAAAAAAAAUGAAAAAAUUAUAAAUGAUAAUAAUAAAUCAAUAAUGAAUAAAUUUUUUCCAGCACCAAUUAUAAAACCAAAAACAGUUGUAUUAAAAUAUAAAUGUGAAGUUAUACCACUUGAUAAAACAAUUGGUAAUAAAUUAAAUUAUCAAACAAUUGCUGAUACUAGUAUACAAAUGGGUAGAAAAUUUAAAGCAUCAUGGGGUCCUGGUUUGACACUUGUAUCAUUAAGUAGUCAUGAACAAUCAUCAACAAUACCACUUGUUAAUAAAAUAAGUCAAAUUGAUAAUUAUGUUUGUGGACGUAUGAUUGAUGAUAAAACAUCAACAAAUAUUGUACAACGUAUACAAAUACUUGGUGGUAAAAGUACAUCAACAGAUUAUAUAAAAUUAUUUUCUGAUAGUAUUGAAGAACAUUUAAAAAUACAAUUAAAAUAUUGUAUUAUUGAUAAUGAUAAAUCAAUUUGUCCUUUGAUACGUCCAGCAAAUGGUAAUUCUGGUAUAUUAUCACUUCAUGAACAUUGUAAUUUAUCAAUUGACAUUGCUGAUAGUGGAAAUGCUGAUCGUUUAUCUAUGUAUGCAAGUGAUGUUUGGCAAUUAUGUACAGCAUUAUGGGGAAGUUUACCUGACAUUGAUACUGAUAAAAAUUCCGAGUGUCAUGAUAAUGUUAUGGUACGUCGUGAUGCAUUUAGUGAAUGGCUUAAAUACGUAGUUGAAAAUACACAUCAAGAUGAAAUUAAAAAAAUUAAUAAUGAUGAUGAAUUAAUACUGUCAUUAUUAUCAGCAAAUAAACUUGAAGAAGCAUGUGAAUUAUCACGUAAAAUUGGUGAUUAUACACUUGCAUUAUUAAUAUCACAAAUAAGUGGUUAUUCAUCAGUUAAAGAAUUAAUAAAACAAACAAUUGGUCUUUGGCAAGCAACUGAUGUUAUUAAUAAUAUAUCAUUAUGUCGUUUAAAAAUAUAUAUGCUUGUUGCUGGUGAACAUUUAAUAAAUUUUAAUAAUGAUAUUAUAAAUGUUUGUGAAAGCUUUGAUUGGAAACGUUCAUUGGCAAUUCAUUUAUGGUAUUUAUCAUCACCAACAGCAUCAAUAACAGAUGUCAUUGAAUUAUAUGAUGCAUCAUUUAAUAUUGAAUCAGAUGAUAUUUAUGCAGCACCACCAUUACCAGAUUAUAAAGAUGAAGAAUUUGAGCCAAUAUUAAAUGGUAAAAUUAAAACAUAUGAUUUGUGUUAUCAUUUAUUAAAAUUAUAUUCAACUGGUAAUCAUUCAUUGGAAGAAUUAUUAAAUCCAAUGACACAUACAUCUGAUCCAUUAGAUUAUCGACUAACUUGGUUACUACAACAAACAAUUAUUGCACUUGGUUAUUCACAUUUAUCUGAUCAUGUUUCAUCAAUGACACACACUAAUUUUUCAUCUCAACUUGAAGCAGCAAAUCUUUGGCAUUGGUCAAUAUUUGUUGUACUACAUUUAAAUGAUUCAUCAAUUAGAAAAAAAGCUAUACUUGAUUUACUAUCACGUCAUGUUGAAAUUGAUGAUAAUGAUGAUUAUGCUGAUAGAGAAAAAUUUUUAAUUGAUGAACUUGGUAUACCAUCAAUGUGGAUUAAUGAAGCCAAAGCAAUUAAAUCAUGUGCUAUGAAAAGAUACAGUGAAGCUGCAUGGUAUUAUUUACAAGCACAACAUUGGAAUAAAGCACAUGAAAUUAUCAUUGAACAUAUUGCUGCUGAUGCUAUUAUCAAUGAAAAUUAUUAUUAUUUAAAAUCAUUAUUAAUACCACUUGUUUCUGAUGAAUGUCAUAGUGUUAUUAAUGGCUGGUCAUAUCAAGGACAAUUAUUAUGGGAAUACAUGGAAAUUGUUGGUGAAAUUGAAGAAUUUUUAAAAAAUACUGAUUAUUCUAAAAUUGGAUAUAAACUGGAAUUAUUACAGCCACAAUUAACAUCACUUUGUACAAAAAUUAAUCAAUUUCCAUGUCCAACAGCUAAAUUAAGAUUAUGUCAAGCUGAAAUUGCCAAAAGAACACUUCAUCUUGCUAGAAGUUUACUGAUGCUACAAUCACAUGAAGACAUCUCAAUUGCAAGAGUUCUUGUUCAACUUGUAUCACAAUUACCACUUCCUGAAGAUUAUGCACAACAAGAACUACGACCAAUUCUUAAUAUGUGCAUUAAUGAAAUAUCUGGACAUUGAUUAUUACUUUACUGCAAAUAGGCAAUUAGUUUUAUUCAUUUAAAUAGAAACUGAAAAAAAUAAUAAUAACAAUUAGUAAAAAUAUUCAACUAGUUUUGUAUUUUUUUUUGUUUCUUUAAAUUCAAUUGAAAAUUAAAUCUGUGUUUAUAUAACGAGGAAAAAAAAAAAAAAAUAGCAUUGAUAGUAUCUUUUUUUUUUUUGUUCUGAAAAUAGUUAAAUUAGUUUGACAAAUUUUGUGCUUUUUGUAAUUGAAUUGAUAAAAAUAUUUAAAUGUAAUUUAUGAAAAAAAAAUCCAAGUAAAAACACCAUUAUUUUAAAAAUAUAUUUUUUUUGUUUUUUGUAUAUGUUUUGAGGUAAAUAUUCUAAUGAAAUUUACCCAUCAAUUAUAUUUAAUCAUGCACUCGAUAAAUUAAUGAUUAAGUAUUUCGUUUUUUUUGUUUUUCCUUCUGUUUUAAAUGUAAAAAAAAAAAAAAAAAUCAAUGAUAAUUGUAGGUACAUUACUGGGACAUAAUUUUUUCGUGUCUGUUUAAUUAAUAAAAUAAUUUUUAAUGUGUAUAAA